AUGAAAACGCGUGAUUCGCAAAAACGAAUUGGGAUAAACAACAAUCAAGCAGACGUUCUUUAUAAUUGCAUUAUCGUGGUGUCGCAUAAAACGACAUAUGAAGGCCCUAUAUACGAAGUGUUCCUUACAAGAAUAUUAAUACUGCCAAAUAAGGAAGCGGAAGUCAAGUCUGGUAAAUACGGCGAAGGUUACGUGGGGUCGUCCCGCGGGGUUGCAGUCCAUGUGAGGGCUUCUGGUCCAGACGGAGAGCGUGACCACAGCGGGUGCAAGUGGCCGUUGCUGUCUGUUGCCGCGCCCACAGAACCACUGCCCUCUGAACCUUGGAUCGCUGUUAUUAGGAGAGGCAGUUGCAACUUUGAGAUUAAGGUGCAAAAUGCGUGGCGCGCGAACGCCUCUGCGGUCCUCAUCUAUAACGACCGCGACGCCACGUCACUGGAGAAGAUGAAAUUGUCUACUGACAAACGUAACAUAAGUGCUGUAUUCACUUACAAGUGGAAGGGUGAAGAGAUCACGCGGCUGGUGGACAAUGGCACUCGUGUCAUGAUCGCCAUCAUCAAGGGUCGCACCUUCACACACAUCAACAACAACAUCAACAAGACCUCGGUGCUGUUCGUGUCGAUCUCAUUCAUAGUGCUGAUGGUGAUCUCGCUGGCUUGGCUGGUCUUCUACUAUAUUCAGCGCUUCCGGUACAUACACGCUAAGGAUCGUCUCUCUAAACGCUUGUGCUAUGCGGCUAAGAAAGCACUCUCGAAAAUACCCACCAAAAGCUUAAAGACUGAUGACCGAGAAGUACAAGGAGACGGCGAAUGCUGCGCCAUCUGCAUAGAGCCAUAUAAAGUAUCGGAAACGCUCAGAUCACUUCCUUGUAGACACGACUUCCACAAGAACUGCAUCGAUCCUUGGUUGUUAGAGCAUCGCACCUGUCCCAUGUGCAAAAUGGAUAUACUCAAGUAUUACGGUUUCGUGUUCACCGGCAGCCAGGAGAGCAUCCUGCAGCUGGAGGUGGAGGAGGCGCGCAGUCGGGCGCUCAGCCCCGCCAGAAGUCGGCACCCGCUCACACUGUUGACGAGCGACAACUCGUACUCGGCUGGCAGCGAGCGCAGCAGCCGCGCCUCGUCGCCCGACGAGCUAGCACCCGCGCUGCCUGCGCCGCCGCACAGAUCCUGCACGGCUUCUCCAUCGGGCGAACCGAGAGCGGAGUGCUCGAGGCAAGACACGUCCGUCAGUUCCACCAGCGACGCCCACGACUGA